UUUUGUAUAACAACACAGGUCUUUAUGAUGUUCACUUAGAAAGUUUGUGGAGAGAUUGACAUUUUUUUUAUGUUAAGAACAUUCAUAUACCAACAUAUGCAUUCAAUACGUGCGCCCUGGAUUCAAACAGAUACACUAUGCUAACUUAUAAGAUUAACUGGUCUCUGUGAAAAACAAUAAGAGCAAUACACAGAACAAUUAACAGAGAUGGUGUUCGGUAGACGAGAAGCCGCUGAAAAAGCACGGAAAAGAUGGGACAAAUUGAGACGUUUUGUACAAACUGGUGCUUAUCUGGACGAUUGGAGUGCGCCACAAUCGUUAAUGACAGUUGCUAAUGCUAUUAAGCGAAUGAACUCUAGAGAAAAGACAAUGUUAUCUGUUGGAUUCGAAACAUCACGAAGUAAUAAAGUUUUAGAUACUCCACGGAGCUGUGAAUCAUCAGAAAAUAAAAUCAUAGAACGUUUACAACAGGAGUUGACAAAAAGGGACAUAACUCUUUCAUCCAAGUCAGUAUCACGACCUGUUCUCAUGUCUUCACAUUGUAAGCACAGACCAUUGCAGACAUCAGCUUUGAUACGCGAGACUACUGGUUCUGAGUUUGAGUAUGACGCAGGCGAAGAAAUAAAGUUAGCAGAUUUGAAGUCAGCGUCAGUGACGAGAGAAAAAAGACGAUUAGUUAAAACAGAAGACAUUUAUUAUGCUGCCUGCUCUUUAUGUAGAGUGUCGCCAGUAUCAAACUUUUUAAAACAGUGUUCAACGUUCACAGCAGAUCUGAAAAACAGUUUCCUGUCCGCUAGAGAUGUUAAAGCACUGUCUAUAUCAUUAGUUCGAGAUAACAGAAUCUGUUCAUUAGAUGUGUCAGGAAAUGAAAUAGGUGCUAUUGGUGUUAUGUAUGUCGCUGAGAUGAUGGUCGAGAAUAGUACAAUUGUAGAACUGAAUUUGAGUGGUACUAUUCCAGGAAAAGACGGACUAGAGGCUUUAGCAGAUUUAAUUAAAAACAACAAAACUUUACGAGUAUUACGUCUUGAAGAUAAUAAAAUAGAACACACAGAGAUGGAACACAUCAUAAGUAUAAUAGAAAAUGUACCUACAUUAGAAGAAAUACACCUCGGGCAUAACUCGUUAGGAUUUGAAGGAGGAAAUAUGCUUGCUAAAUUAAUAGCUACAAACACAACGUUAAGAGUAUUAGAUUUACAGUGGAAUCAGAUUCGAAAAGACACAGCUAAAUCAAUAUGCAAAGCUCUUGCGGACAACAACACAUUGUGGGGUUUAAAUUUGUCAUGGAAUGGUUUAGGAAAAGAGGGAUGCAUCGAGCUAGCAUCAUCUUUAAAGAAAAAUACCAAGUUAGCGGAUUUGAACGUUUCCAGUAACCGAAUUGACAUGACGUCUUUACGUUUUCUGCUCCAUGGAUUAGUGCAAAAUAAGGGAAUCCGAUAUUUCCAGAUGGGCAGAAAUCCUAUAACGACAGAAGGUGCUAAAGCUGUUAUAAAAGCAAUCCAGAUGUCUAAACACUCACGACUAGAAAGUAUUCAGUUGGAGGAUAUAUCCAUUGACGACCAGUUCCUGGAAUUGAUGAAGGAGCUUAAGGAAUCCAAAUCUAUACGGGUAACUCACGGAGAAAGAAUUGCUGGGGGUAAUGCUGUGACAGAAAAGGAUCACGACCCUCAUGAUUUGAACCGAUUUGAUCCAGUUAUGGUGCUAGUGGAAUACAUGCGCAUUGACAAUUUAAGAUUAAUAGACUUUUUCCAAUAUUUGGAUUCGAAUAGUCGUGAAAAAUUGAGUAAAAGCAAUUUCCGGGAUGGAGUAGCGACUUUAGGCAUCCCACUGACAGAACAUCAUUUGGAUCUUGUUAUGCAAAAGAUAGAUCUGAAGAAAGACGGAUAUGUUGAUCUAGAGGAGUUCAUGACGGUCCAUAGAGAAGUGUCCAGACAAAUUACGCAACGUACAACUAGAGCAAAAUCGAAGAAAAAAGAAGAUGAAGGCCUUGUAGGAUUAAGAAAAAUUCUGCGAGAAAUCAUCGAAAAACGCAAUAAAACAAACAAGGAGAAGGCGAAGAGAAAGCUGUCCAUUGCAGCUGCAAAUAGAAUGUUGAACAGUCCUCGACGAUUUUCAGUCGCAGGAACUCAACGUAUGGAGGCAGAUUCAAGUUAUAGGAACUCAAGACCAACAUCGUCUGCUUCCACCAGGAUACAUACACCUAUCAGAGAAACUUCGAGGGACAUAUCUACGCCGUUAAGGAGUGCAAAUUCCAGACGACCAACAACUUCAAGAAGGGGUUCUAGUUAUAGACCCGUUUUAAAUGUGACUAAAAGACCAUCGUCAUCACUGAACAAAAGUGUUACAUUUUUGGAACGACAGACUUCAGCAAAUAUGCCCAAAGAAGUUCCUGUUGCAUAGUGAAAAAAAAACCGCACUUCUGUAAAUUGCAUAAUAUAUUGAAAAUCAAAGAAAUUAAUGUUUAUAUUAAAAUGGUGGAGAAGUACAUGUACAUGUCCAAAAAAAUUACCUUUUUUUCAUUUUUGUUUACAGAUAUUGCUACAAGACAAAAUAUUUUAAAGACAUGCUUUUUCCAUGCAAUUACCACGUAAGAAUAUAAGAAGACAGAAAAAGCAUCAAAA